GGGACAUUUGUUAACUUCCGGGAAAAGGGACAAAGUAGGUGUGGCACUCAAAAUGGUGGAUGUCUGACGUGUUCAGAGAAGUGGUCAAAAGUGUUUCUUGUAAAGAAGAUUUCUACCCAAUUUGUUUCCCGAGAAUCGAUGUGGCCAAUGAGGUGUUUGGCGCCAACACGGCGGAGCGCCGCCAUGACAGUUCGCUUCACAGAGUCAGCAAACGUUACACCAUCAACCCUCUGGGACAAAAGUGGACGCACGUCAACAUCACGUACAGGGUGGACAAGUUCCCCAACACGCUGAGUGUGGACGACACCAGGAAGGCCAUCAGCAUCGCCUUCGCCAAGUGGAGCGACGUGUCGCCGCUGAGCUUCGCGGAGGUCACCAACGCCAGCGCCGACAUCGUCAUCGGUUUCUACACCUUCAACCACUCUGACUGUUGGCAUUCGCCGCUCCACCCGUGUUUCGACGGGCUGAAUGGCGAGCUGGCGCACGCCUUCCUGCCGCCACGCGGAGAGAUCCACUUUGACAACCACGAGUUCUGGAUCCUGGGGAAGUCCAGGUUCAGCUGGAAACAAGGCGUGUGGUUCAACGACCUGGUCCAGGUGGCGGCGCACGAGAUCGGCCACGCCCUGGGCCUGUGGCACUCCAGGGACCCGCGCGCCCUCAUGCAUCCCAACGCCACCUACACGGGCCAGCGGAACGUCGGGCAGGACGACGUGUGGGCCAUCCAGAGGCUCUACGGCUGCGAGGACAAGAAGCGCGUGUGCGAGGCGUGGGCCCGUCUGGGCUUCUGUGAGCGCAGGAAGUGGUUCAUGAAGAAGAACUGUCCUCGCCGCUGCGACCUCUGCUUUGAGCCCCUGGAAGCGGUCGCCACGCCGACGCCGCCCCCGGCUAACGUCAAGGUGAAGAUGGUGCCACGCGGGAAGGUGGUGGGCUUCCGCUGCGGUACCAAGAACCCGCGCGCCACACCCAAAGUCAGCUGGUACAAAGAUGGAGAGCGGAUCGCGGCGUCCAUCCCGGGCUACAUCGUGGUCAAAGGGCGGGACCUCCGCAUCGUGGCCAACGAGUUCAACGAGGGCGUGUACACCUGCCGCAUCCAUCGCCGCGGCGACGCAGUGUCCGUCAACUCGUGGAGCAUCCGCCUGAAGCCGGAAGAGACAUCCAACAGCUGAGAAUCUUUGGGCACCUAACGAUUCCAUCCGAGUCCGAUUCCUGGAGUGACGAUUCGAUUCAGAAUCGAUUCUUGACUCAAACUAAUUCUCGCAAUGUAUCAUUUGGUAUAAUAAUUAUAAUUCAAACUUUUUCAAAACAGGUUACAGGUUAGAAAAGCUCCUAAAAACGUAUUUUAAAAAAUGGAUUAUCACUAAAAAAAAAAAAAAUUUUAAUCGAUUUUUAAAAAUGAUGUAUCAAUUUAGAAUGGGGAUGAAUAAACCCCAUCGACAACAUGAUUCUCCAUUUAAUCUAGUUUUCGCAAUGUAGUAUUUGGUAUAAUUACAAUGAAGCUUUUUCAAAACGGGUUACAGGUUAGAAAAGCUGUAAAAAUGUAUCUUCGAAAAUUGAUUCUUACGUAAAAAAUGUAACAUUUUUGAAAAUAUUUAGAAUCGGGAUGAAUAAACAGGAUCAACAACACGAUUCGCGAUUCAAACUAAUUCUGGCAAUGUAUUAUUUAGUAUAAUAAUUGUAAGAAAACAUUUUCAAAACAGGUUACCAGUUAGAAAAGCUAUAAAAACAGAUUUUUAAAAAUGGAUUCUUAAAAAAAAAAUUGUUUUAACUUGUAUUUUUUAAAUAGAUUUUGGGAAAUUAUGAAUCGAUUUAGAAUUGGGAUGACUUAACAGGAUCAACAACACGAUUCUUGAGUCAAACUAAUUCAUGCAAUGUAUCAUUUGGUAUAAUAAUUGUAAUGAACAUUUUUCAAAACAGGUUAAAAAGCUCAAAAACAUAUUUUUUAAAAAUUAAUUCCCACAAAAAAAAAGAUAACAAUUUUUUACAUUGCGUUUUGAAAUAUAUGAAUCAGUUUAGAAUCGGGAUGAAUAAACCUGAUCAACAACACGAUUCUCACAAUGUAUUAUUUGGUAUAACAAUUGUAAUAAAAUGUAAUAAAACUUUUUCAAAACAGGUUACAGGUUAGAAAAUCUCCUAAAAACGUAUUUUUAAAAAUGGAUUAUCACUAAAAAAAAAAAAAAGAAUAUUUUUUUAAUCGAUUUUUAAAAAAGAUGUAUCAAUUUAGAAUGGGGAUGAAUAAACCCCAUCGACAACAUGAUUCUCCAUUUAAUCUAGUUUUCGCAAAGUAGUAUUUGGUAUAAUUACAAUGAAACUUUUUCAAAACGGGUUACAUGUUAGAAAAGCUAUAAAAAUGUAUCUUCGAAAAUUUAUUUUUACAUAAAAAAUGUAACAUUUUUGAAAAUAUUAAUUUAGAAUCGGGAUGAAUAAACAGGAUCAACAACACGAUUUGCGAUUCAAACUAAUUCUGGCAAUGUAUUAUUUAGUAUAAUAAUUGUAAGAAAACAUUUUCAAAACAGGUUACCAGUUAGAAAAGCUAUGAAAACGGAUUUUUAAAAAUGGAUUCUUAAAAAAAAUUAUUGUUUUUAACU